UGUAGCAAACGCCCAAAUCUCCAAAUCUCUAGCAGUUCGUCAAAAUCCAAACCCAAUACGCCAUUGUUCACCAACCCUUUUAAUUUCCUUCCCCACACCUCACCAUUUUGGCUCCCAAAUGGGCGGUGGCGAUGACAGUUGAGAAUCCUCAACGACCCAUUUUAAAAAUCACUUCAAAAACAGAGCACCCACUCCCACAAUCACCUCCCAUUUCUUCAAUGGGCAAGCCCAAGAGAAUUUGCUUGCUUCUAUUGAGGCUUCUUGCUUUGGGCUCGACUCUUUCUGCCGCCAUUGUUAUGGCCGCAAGUCAUGAAGAAGCCAGGUUUUUUAGCCUGUCUUUUGAAGCCAAAUACACUCAUACACCAGCCUUCAAGUACUUCGUGAUUGCAAAUGCUAUUGCGAGCGUUUAUGGGUUUUUCGUGCUGUUUCUUCCGGCGGAGAGCUUGCUCUGGCGAUUAGUGCUCUGUUUCGAUGCGAUAUUGACGAUGUUGCUGACUUCGAGCAUCGCGGCGGCGCUGGCGGUGGCGCAAAUAGGAAAGAAUGGGAAUUCAUACGCCGGAUGGCUUCCAAUAUGCGACCAAGUGGCGAGUUAUUGUAGGCAAGUCAGUGGAGCUCUGGCUUUAGGCCUCCUUGGACUCCUUGUUUACCUCUUGCUUCUUCUCUAUUCUCUUCACUCUCUUUUGGAUCCUCUUCUUUUGAAAAAGACUUGACACAAACCACACACAAUUUUCAACUUGGUCUGUCUUUAGGCCAUGUUUUGUAAAAGGGUUAGCCCUUUUCGAGCUUUUUCUAUACCGAAAUAAACCCCGAUUGACUCGAU